AUGAAAUUCUCACAAACUACUUUGCUCGCCGUCUUGGCUUCAUCCGCUUUCGUUUCAGCUGCUCCAGCUAUUGUUUCUGAACAAUCUAUGGUUAAAAGAGAAGAUGUCAACGAUGUCUUGGCUAUCUUGAAAGAAAUCAAAGAACACAACGCUAAGAGAGAGUUCUUGGAAGGUGAUGCAUUGAUUGAACACGACAAAAGAGCUGACUCUGCUUUGGGUAACUUGAUUACCGCUUUGACUAACUCCGGUAUUAUUGGUCAAGUUUGGAACACCCUUACCACUGACUCAUCUAUUAAAUCUUCACUUUCAAACAUUAUUCAAUCAGCUAUCCAAACCGCUGUUGUCCAAGGUCCAGCUUUGAUUUCAGCUAUCUGGAACUCUGGUUUGUUGGGUGAUAUUUUCAACACUUUCUUGAAUGAUUCUGAUUUGAGAAGUGCCUUCUUGGGUGUUGCUCAAUCCAUUUUCGGCACUGCCGUCAACUUGAUUACCUCAUGGUUGAGUGGAUCCUCAUCAUCAUCAACCACCACCACAUCUGCUGCUUCAACUUCAACUGGUGCUGCUGCCAAGAGAGAGCUUUUGGAUCUUAACGCUGAAUACAUUGACAAGAGAGACUUGUCUUCGAUUAUUUCAUUCAUUGUUCAAGAAAUUUCAGACUCAGGAAUUGUUUCUUCUUUGGUCAACAAAGUCUUGGCUGACCCAACGGCUUCCAUCAACUUCUUGACCUCAGCUUUCAAGAAUGGUUUGGUCAUUGCUGAAGAUGUCUAUAGCUGGGCUAAACAAUCAGGAUUGUGGGACACUGCCUUGUCUUAUAUUGAAAAUAAUGCUGGAACUUGGGCCAGUGCCAUUGCCUCAUUCUUGGGUAACGCUUUGAAAUCAGGUACUGUUAGUUCAUCAGAAAUUGACAAUGCAAACACUAGUGUAUCAGCUAGAUCAACUACUACUACUAGUACCUCUGCCGCUGCUGUUGCCGCUGCUGCUGGUACUACUGCCGCUACCGGUACUGCUGCUGCUGCCGCUGCUACUACUACUGCCGCUGCCACUGCUUCUUCAGGUAGUAAUGCUGAAUUGAACUCUUUGAUUGCCAAAUACGGUGGAUCAUCUGCCACUGCUGCAGCUACCAGCGUAGAUACCUCAGGAUUGUCAGGAAGCGUAGGCGAAUUGGUUAGUGCUGCCGCUCAAGCUGCUUCCUCCUUGAAGAGAAGAAACUACUAG